AUGUCAAGCCAAAGUACUGCUCAGAAUAGUGCACACGAGGCUGGUGAAAUCAGUGGUCAAAUUCAGCUAAAGAGGGAUGAGAUGAUGGAUCAGGCACCCCAUGGCCAGGCCACCAACUCUCAGUCUUCUGAUGAUCAGAACUCUUCUUAUACUACCCAGGCCACCAACUUCCUUCAACAGACAGGAACGCAAGUGAAGCAUAUGGCACAAGGAGCAGCUGAUGCACUGAAGACCACUUUGGGAAUGAACAGUGCUGACAGUACUUCCAAUGCCCCCAAUCCCACCGCCAACACCGCCCCCACCCCUAGUACCAACCAUCCAAGCAACCCAUCUCCCAGGACUUGA